AUGCCAAUAGCUGAUGUCCUCUUGCAUCCCGAGUACAAACAUUUCGGAACAAAAACAAGCAUCGCUUUAUUGAAACUCAUCACUACUGUGAAAUCAAUGUAUAUGGUGCCCGCUUGUUUACCAUUUAAGAAUUUUUUGGUGGGAAAAAAUGGCAAACAGACCACAGAAAAGAUUUAUCAUGUCGACUUUGUAAGCGAUGUUCCAAGAGAUUUCCUGGAUGAAGAAAAGGAAGUAUCGCGGUUACAUUUACUGCCAAGAGAACUAUGUUACUUGUAUGAAAAUCCUGCGAAUAUAACCCGUGGACCUAAGAAUCGUAUGGCGUGCACGACUGGUUGCGGGUUUCAUUCAGGAUCACCAAGUUUGGUACAUGAACAUACCGGUCACUGGUCUAUCGUCUCGUUAUCCCAAGGAGGUUCACCAUGCCCAGAUCCGUUACGUACCCGACGACCACCGUCACCACCUCGUCAUACGCUUAUACACCCGUAUGUUCCUUGGAUCACCGCUGCGAUUACUGGAAAGGCAGUUGGUGCUUUUGCAAAAGACGAUCCAUUUGGUUACGUAAUGCCCCGUAGCUCUAUAUAUGACUUACUCGGGCACCGCUGGGUUGGUCAUUGGUGGAUGGGUGGUCUUCGCUGUUACGAUAGAGGAGAGUCCGCUCAAGAUUUGUUUAAAUUUUACCAUGAAGUAUUCCAAGUGAAGCCUGUGACAUUAACUUACCUUACGUACUAUUUAGAGGUAUCUAGCGCUCAUGAAACGAUGAUAAUCUGCGUAAAAGUUGGCAUGCCAUAUCGGCUGGGGCAGCCGAAGGUCUGGCAGUUGGACAGUCCCGAAGUGAAGGUUCAAGUACCUCUUGUAACAUUCUCUAACCUCUACAAGUUCCAAAUAGAAGCUUGGGCAUAUAACUCAACAGAAUCAGAGACCUCAUCGGAGUCAUCUUCAACAAUAGAAAGCGAAUCGAAUGAAUUUGUUCCCGGAGAGGGAGAGGCCGAAGAGAAACCAGCAACUGGGUUAUAA